CUUCCAUCAUUGGCUUGAUAAAGGAGGUGGGCAGAGAUGGCCACUACUAUGGCAGGCAAGAAACUUUCUCUGAACGGUGUGCUGCUGGCCACUCUGCUGAUUACGAACAUGUUCCUUUCAAGGAAGUGUGUAACUUCUUCACCUAUCUGUCCCAAUGGAUCGGACAAUUGCCAGGUCUCCCUGGGGGAUCUUUUUGAUCGCGCCGUCAAACUCUCACACUACAUCCACUCCCUGUCUGCAGAAAUGUUCAAUGAAUUUGAUGAACGCUAUGCUCAGGGCCGAGGGUUUAUUGAAAAGGCCAUUAACAGCUGCCACACUGCCACCUUACCCACUCCUGAUGACAAGGAGGAAGUGCAGCGGAUUCAUCAUGGAGACCUGAUAAACAUAGUGCUGAGCAUGCUCCGUUCCUGGAAUGACCCUCUGCUCCAUCUGGCCUCUGAGGUUCAAAGAAUCAAAGAAGCUCCUGAUACCAUCCUCUGGAAAGCCGUGGAGAUUGAGGAACAAAACAAACAACUUCUGGAAGGAAUGCAGAACAUAUUAGGGCGGGUUCAUUCUAACGAUUUGGGCAACGAAGUUUAUUCUACAUGGUCAGGGCUCCCAUCCCUCCAGCUAGCUGAUGAAGAUUCACGUCUUUUUGCCUUCUACAAUCUGCUGCACUGCUUGCACAGGGACGCCAAUAAAAUUGACAACUACUUGAAAGUCUUGAAGUGUCGCCUUAUACAUAACAGUAACUGUUAAGUAACCUUGACCUCACUUCAUUCAAGCAUUAGAACCUUCAUGCCUGCCGACUUUUAGCUUAUUCCUCUUUUGUUGUACACUUGAUGGAAGAUCUUGUCUGGUGGCACAAGAUUCACAGCCACGCUGGUCUUUCAUUGUUUUGGAUGCAAGAAAUUUGUUUCCAGUUUCUGUUAAAACUACUUUACUGCCUCAUUGUUGCCAUCACAUUGAUAGUCAAGACAAGCAAUAAAAAUUUCAAAUGAUGAGUA